GAGGAGAGGAGAAGAAAGCCAGCGGCCCCCGCUGCGGGAGGUGGUGGAAACCCCUCCGGAGUCGCCGCUGUUGCCGCCGCGGCCUCCUCUCCCCGGGCUGGUGCCCGCUUCCUUUGCCCUCCCAGCACCGGGCCGUCCCGGCCCUCCCCGCGGGCCCCGGCCAGGGUCCCCGUCUGCACGCCGCAGCGCCCGGUCGCGGCCGCGCCCGCCGGCCCCAUGAGGAGGGACAUGAACGGGGUGACCAAGAGCAGGUUUGAGAUGUUCUCAAACAAUGACGAAGCUGUGAUCAAUAAAAAGCUUCCCAAAGAACUACUGCUAAGAAUAUUCUCUUUUCUGGAUGUUGUUACAUUGUGUCGCUGUGCUCAAGUCUCCAGGGCUUGGAAUGUUCUAGCUCUAGAUGGCAGCAACUGGCAGCGGAUUGACCUGUUUGAUUUCCAGAGGGAUAUCGAGGGCCGAGUAGUAGAGAAUAUUUCCAAAAGAUGUGGUGGUUUCUUACGAAAGUUAAGUCUGCGUGGUUGUCUUGGAGUAGGAGACAAUGCAUUAAGGACCUUUGCACAGAACUGUAGAAAUAUUGAAGUACUGAAUCUCAAUGGAUGUACAAAGACUACAGAUGCCACAUGUACUAGCCUUAGCAAGUUCUGUUCCAAACUCAGGCACCUUGACUUGGCUUCCUGUACAUCGAUAACCAACAUGUCUCUAAAAGCACUGAGUGAGGGAUGUCCACUGCUGGAACAACUGAACAUUUCAUGGUGUGACCAGGUGACCAAGGAUGGCAUCCAGGCUCUGGUGAGAGGCUGUGGAGGGCUCAAAGCCUUAUUUCUUAAAGGCUGCACACAGCUUGAGGAUGAAGCUCUUAAAUACAUUGGCACACACUGUCCGGAACUAGUGACAUUAAACCUGCAGACCUGCUUACAAAUCACAGAUGAUGGCCUCAUCACAAUAUGCAGAGGCUGCCACAAAUUGCAGUCUCUCUGUGCCUCUGGCUGCUCCAAUAUCACAGAUGCAAUCCUGAACGCCCUGGGUCAAAACUGCCCCCGGCUUAGAAUAUUAGAAGUGGCAAGGUGUUCUCAGCUAACAGAUGUCGGCUUCACUACUCUGGCUAGGAAUUGCCACGAACUAGAAAAAAUGGACCUAGAAGAAUGUGUCCAGAUAACAGAUAGCACAUUAAUUCAGCUCUCUAUACACUGUCCAAGACUUCAGGUGUUGAGUUUGUCUCAUUGUGAGCUGAUUACAGAUGAUGGAAUCCGUCACUUGGGGAAUGGAGCCUGUGCCCAUGACCAGCUGGAGGUAAUUGAGCUGGACAAUUGUCCACUUAUCACAGAUGCAUCCCUGGAGCACCUGAAGAGCUGCCAUAGCCUUGAGAGGAUAGAACUAUAUGACUGUCAGCAAAUCACGCGGGCUGGAAUCAAGAGACUCAGGACCCAUUUACCCAAUAUAAAAGUUCAUGCCUACUUUGCACCCGUCACUCCGCCUCCAUCAGUAGGGGGCAGCAGACAACGCUUCUGCAGAUGCUGCAUCAUUCUAUGACAUUGGAGGCGGUCAGCCUUGGCGAACUAAGUAUUUAAUGACACUUCUAGAGUUACCACGGAGUCUCUCCAGCGGAAUCGACCCCAGUGUUCUGAGCAAGGGCCAGAAUAGAGGGCUGUGUCCGGAUCCCCCAAGCCACACAUACACAUGCAUAUAUACCCACACCGUCCACUCCAGCUGACGUACUCUGUGACAGUGGGACUUGAAUUUGUGUUGGCUUUUUUCUGACAGGUAGAUUGGUGUAACUUGAAACCAUUCCUACUGGGCAUGCUCAGAAGAGAAUCACAAUCUAAGGUGGGGGGCAUUCCAGCAAACCCAGGGUCUCUGCUGCUGCGGUUUGUUUGUUCUUUUUGUUUGGGAUUUCUUUUGGGGAUGUCAGAACACUAAUGAGAGCUCUCCAAAGAGAAGGAGAGUAUGGACAAAUAUAGUAAAUGUUGCAUCCAGGGACCAGAAAGAAAGAAAAAUCCUUCUUCCCCUAAGAGAAUGAAGAUGGCAACCACUCAUCGUGAGACUAUUACAAUGCUUCUCUACUUCCUUGUUUCCAUACCAACAUGCCGAGCAUGCUCACAUAGAAGGCUCAUCAGAGCAUUCAGUUCAGAGAUUUCUUAGAUGGUCACAGUGAUUUAGCUUGAAAUCUCUGAUAUCCAAAUUUGUUCCUUUCGUUCACUUAUUCAUUGUGUUGUUCUCCCUAGCUGUCUUUGAGAGUGUUUGUCUGUGUCCAGGUCUCAUUUUCACUUUGUGUUGCUUGCUGAAGCACUCGCUUCAUACUGUCCGUUGUCAGCUCAUCCUUUAUCUCUUUUGCUGUCUUCUUGUUUAAGGUUUUCCAUAUGGGGUGAUAUAGUUGAGGCUACUGGGUACUUUUUAAAGAAAAGUUAUUUAUUAGUAAAAAUGUUUUAAAAUUCCACUUUUCUACCAUUAGAAAGACUGCCUGAGGUUCAGUCUGAUGUGAAGCUCUAAGCUCUAAAGAGCAGGCGAGGGAAAAUGAGCUAAAUAUUUGCUCUUGCCCCUUUCUUAGGGAAACGACUCAUAUUUUUGCCUUUUGAGUUCCUCCUUAAGAGAACAUAGUUUGUGACAUAUGAUAUAUAGGUGGCUAUGCUCAAUAACAUCCUGCUCCCUACGUUUCUUUGAGUUGAAUCCUGCUGAUCACUUGAGUGUCUUGCAUAAGGCAUGAGAGAGUGGCAUUUUUAAAGUAGAAUUGAUUGGGGAAAAUAACAAACCUCAGCCUGAAAACCUCUGACCCUGCUUUGAAUGUCAUGUUGUGAACUGAGAUUUAUGUGUGCUCAAUAACAUUGCUAACUUUGAUGUUGGCUAAGUGUUUUGUCUCAGGAAGCGUACUUAGAUGAAACACACUGCUGUCUCUGCUGCCAAUUUUUCUUAUCUGUCCCUCCCCUUCUUCCUAUACCCACCUCUGAACCCUGUGAUAGUGUGUUGCUGUUGGAUUUAGGGUCAUCAAUUGCAGGUCUAAUGGUGGUGGUUCAAAGGACCAGCAAAGCCUUCCCAGAGAAGUCACCCAGUCUUCUUGAUUCACUCUCCAGAUGUUCAGCAUAAGCAUAACCAGGUGGGGUUGGACCCUUGAGGAUAUUGGGAGCAGUCCCCAGAAGGCCUAAGAUAAUCAAUGCAGGUGGAGGUGGUCUUUGUCUUCAUAUGUACUUUGUACUUGAGAACUGAGGGAGAAAAGUUUUCAGUGCUAGUGAUUAAUUGAAUUAGGAAAAAUGAGAUGAUUUUCUAAAGCACAAGUAACAGAUUUCUAGGCCUCCAGAGUUGGAACUUUUUGUUGCUGUUUUAUAGGAGUUUAUUUAUAUGGUCGAGGUAGCCUUUUGUCACCCUCUGACUGAUCUAGGCAGCUCCAAAGGUCAUUUUUCACAUUACAGAUGAUGGCUUCCUCUCCUAAGUCCACCAGCAUAUGUUGGAAUUAGCUUGGCUAAUUAGAAAGGCAUCAGCAGAUGAAAGAGUGCUGGGAGGGAGCCUAUGACACUAUUGUGUUUAAUUUUGAUUUUGAACUUAAUGAACUCAAAGAACUUUUUCUCUUCCCAGUUCCUAAUUUUGGAAAUAUCAAAAAAAAACAAAAACCAGACCGUAACAGCUUUGUAAAAUGACUGAUCCAGCAGGGUUGGUAGUUUUGAUACCAUAGCUGAUAAGUUGUUUGUAUUAAGUUUUGAAAAGUCUAAUUGGGAACGGGAAGCUGAAAACUAAUAGUAGCCUUGUAUUCAGGGCCUUUUUCCCCCCAGAAAAAUGCAUGUUGUUGAGAUUUGGCAAACUGACCAUAAAAGUCUGUUAGUUCAGUUGGGGAGAGGAAGAAGUAGGUGGUAGCAGUGGACUUUUAUAGGCUUAUAGUCAACAGAUGUCAAUUUGAAACAUCUUUCCCAAAAAUCGAAUUUAUUCCUUUUCAAGGACACAGCUUUUCCUGUUUCGUAUGGUAUUGGAGACUUGAUUUCUAAAGUAUUGAGAUCUGACCCAGAUGCAGGUUAGGACUGAUAGUUGGUCUGACCUGGUAAUCCAUGCUAUAGAAAGAGUGCCAUUCUUUUAGGAAUCAUGAGGAAAAGAUCUUGAACGAAGCUUCUGGUACAUUAAGUCUGUGAGGUGGGUUGCACCGGCCAAUUUAAUUUAAUGCUCUAAGCAUUAGGAUUUAGCUUUAGGGUUUACUUAUUUCUGAUGACAACUGUGAUCCCUUUAAGCUUGGAAAGGGUUCUGAUUAGAAUGCUUCAGUGUUGUUAGAGAGAAUCCCUUUGCCUUCAUUCAAACUCAGCCCUAAAGAUUUUCCUUGGAGAAGACUCUUGUAGUUUCCAAAAACAUAGGAUGUAGUGAUUUUACAUUGAAUGGAAAGGAGCUUGAAAGUACUGCUCUCCCCAUUUACCCAUAUCUAAAAUCUAAAACCACAGCUGUGGUCUUAAGAGGUCUUUCCUAAAUCAAAUCUUUCUCCCUCUUAAACAUAUAGCUGGCAGGCCAUUUGCUUGAUUUUGUUGGCCCUUAUUUAGAUGUGCCACCUAUACUAGGGAAUAUGGCAUCUGAGUAACUGGAGAGUUCCUUUCCUUGUAGAAGUGGUUUCAGGGUAAAAAAAAAGGUUAACAGCCCUGCCCAACUAGUUACCACAAGCCAGGAGACAUUGGUGCUAUGCCAACUGAAGUGAAUUCUUAUAUACCAAGAGUCAUCAAUUUUCUGAACAUUCUAUCCAAACUUCAAUCAAUAGUGCCCUUGCUUUUCUUGAUUUUAUUUCUAUGCUUUUUCCUCUUAAGACUUUUUUUUUUUAACCCAUGUCUCUCUUCCCAUCUAAAUAAAGCCUUUGCCUCAUCCCAGCAGUGCUAAGGUUAUAUCAGAUAUCUCCAAUGCCUUUUCCUCCUAGUUAUGCUUACAUGUAGCAAAAAACCCUCAUCAGCCUUGGAUUCUGCCAUUCUCUGGUGGGUCAGACUUUUUGCCAUUAGGUCUGAAGUUUGCUUGUUGAACUGAAAUGAGCUUGAAAGCAAACUAUAUGCUGGAUGUAUCCUAGGAGAAAAGGGCUCCGACUUCCAUCUUUUUUUUUUUCUUUGCAGCAUUGGGGCUAUGAUGAUUAUGAAACUACAUUGUGCUUAUACCUCUGCAUACAUUUUUUUCUUUUCUAAUUUCAUCUCUAAUAUAAUAUUUUGGGGGCCUACAGCUAUUUUAAAGAGACUUUUAAAUGAUCUUUGUAAAUUUCCAGUAAUCUCCAUAUCCAUUAUAGACUAAUUUUUAAUCAGAUACAAGUCAGAAACUUGUUACAUAUUCCUUUAAUUAUAUAUUCUGGAAGGAUACCUGCAAAAUAUUUUUUAUGCAAUCCUUAUUCAGAUUGUGUUCCUCACUGAACAUUUAAGUAUAACUAUAAUAAUGCCAAAUUAACCAGAACUUAAAAUAUAGCAAAUUGAACCAUAUUUUUUAUUGCCUUGUAAAAUACCGUUGCCACUUUAUUCAGUGCACCAAUGACAGGACUGAGGGAGAGAAUUAGAGGUGACAUAAAAAGAAAAGUACCUUGAAGUUGAAUGAAGGGGAGUGUCAGUUAUUGUAAGCUGGAAUGGGGAAAAUCUGUGUGUCUUUAUCCAGUUUUCCUAUCCAUAUUAACAGUAUGUUCAGGAAAUUUCUUAAUAAAAUUGUG